UGUCAGUCUCCAGGGUUUCAUCGGGUUUAGACGCUUGGAUGGCGCGGCUUGGGGGAGCCAAGGCAGUCGACAUUCUUCCAGGGUCGUGAGGGCCACCUCAUGUCCUGCCGCGUCGGCAACAGCUGCAGCAAUGUCUCCGGUGUCUCGAUCCCGGAGCCCUGAGUGGGAGGCCUGUGGCUCCGGAGGAAAACGUCGCAGUUCCUCGAGGAGCCCCAAGCCCAGCAAAUACUCCCGCUCCCCGCGAGGCCGCCGCUCGCGCUCCCGCUCGCGCUCGUGUUCUCGGUCUGGUGAUCGCAAUGGCCUCAGCCAUCAUCAGAGCGGCCUCAGCCAAAGCUCCCGAAAUCAGUCUUACCGCUCCCGCUCGCGUUCGCGCGAACGCCCCUCCGCGCCACGCAACACCCCCUUCGCCUCUGCCUCCUCGUCCACCUACUAUGGCGGCUACUCGCGCCCCUACGGAAGCGACAAACCGUGGCCUAGCCUCCUGGACAAGGAAAGAGAGGAAAGCCUUCGGCAGAAGAGGUUAAGUGAGAGAGAGAGAAUUGGAGAAUUGGGUGCUCCUGAAGUAUGGGGACUUUCUCCAAAGAAUCCUGACCCAGACUCUGAUGAACAUACACCAGUAGAGGAUGAAGAGCCAAAGAAAAGCACUACUUCAGCAUCAAGUUCAGAAGAUGAAAAGAAGAAAAAGAAGAAGUCAUCUGGUCAUUCAAAAGAAAGGUCCAAGAAAAGGAGAAAGAAAAAAUCAUCUAAAAGAAAACACAAGAAGUAUUCUGAAGAGAGUGACAGUGACUCUGAUUCUGAAACAGACUCCAGUGAUGAAGAUACAAAAAGGAGAGCAAAAAAAGCUAAGAAGAAGGAAAAGAAGAAGAAACGCAAAUCGAAGAAAUAUAAGAAAAAGAAGUCCAAGAAGAGCAGAAAAGAGUCUAGUGAUUCAAGCUCAAAAGAUUCCCAAGAAGAAUUCCUGGAAAAUCCCUGGAAGGAACGAUCAAAGGCUGAAGAACCUUCGGAUUUAAUUGGCCCAGAGGCUCCAAAAACACUUGCCUCUCAAGAUGAUAAACCUUUGAAUUAUGGCCAUGCUCUGUUACCUGGUGAAGGUGCAGCGAUGGCUGAAUAUGUAAAAGCUGGAAAACGUAUUCCACGGAGAGGUGAAAUUGGCUUGACCAGUGAAGAAAUUGCAUCAUUUGAAUGUUCUGGUUACGUAAUGAGUGGUAGCAGGCAUCGCCGAAUGGAGGCUGUGCGACUGCGCAAAGAAAACCAGAUCUAUAGUGCUGAUGAGAAGAGAGCUCUUGCAUCUUUUAACCAAGAAGAGAGACGGAAGAGAGAGAACAAGAUUCUGGCCAGUUUUCGAGAAAUGGUAUACCGAAAGACUAAAGGGAAGGAUGACAAAUAAAGAUUUAUCUGA